AUGAGUUCCAAUUCGCGAAGAAUUAAGUUUGUAUCGAUAUCGUUACCGGUACUUUAUGGAAACCAUGCAUAUAAAUUGACACCAGAGACUCGGAAAGCCACUACACCUCAAGAUCAUACACAUAUCUGGACAGUUUUCUUUAAGCCGGUGCUCGGUGAUGUUGACUUGACACCACUUAUCAAAAAAGUCACAUUUAAAUUACAUGAGACAUAUGAAAACCCUAUAAGAUCCAUUGAGCGACCACCAUACCAAGUCACUGAAACCGGAUGGGGUGAGUUUGAAAUCAUCAUCAAGCUACAUUUUCAUUCUGGAGUAGAUUUAGGGAUCAACGAGAAAAAUUUUCAAAUUUUUCAUGCUUUAAAGCUUCAUCCUUAUAACCCGCAACACCCAAAACGAGAAAAUGGCGAGGUGCAUCUGAUACUUUAUGACGAACUUGUGUUUAAUGAGCCAACAGAUAAAGUAUUUGAGAUACUCACGAAAAAGCCAAUAAACUUAAUUCCAUAUACGCUAUCGAGUCACGAUAAGAGGGACCAGGAAUAUUUACGAACAGAUGAGAGCGAUGAGUUAGGUCGCUUGGACGCUUAUUUAGGAAAAGUCAAAGAGGAGAUUGCUAGACAAGCAGAAGAGUUUAAGAAAUUAGAGGAGGAAAAACUUUCCAUUACGGAAUGA